AUCAGCGAGUUAGCUAACGUGAACGAAAAGUCAGCAGGGAAGCUGUGUAAGUUAGCAAACUUCCCGGCUGCGAUGCCACAUCGUCACAAUCUGACAGCAGGGCCGCAGUCAGUGGUUUAGUUGAUCGAUAUGUUGCCACGGGGUUGAUUUUGGAGAAUGUAAUCAAGAGGCACAGUCCUCCAUUUGUAAACCUUCUGUGCACAUCUAGAGAAGGUGACUGAAGGAAACUGACUGUCAAGAGACUUCAACUGCAUUUGGAUAAGUGAUUUUCAACCAGCCACAGCCAUGCCUCGGGAGGAAGAGGAGCUGACGGUCGAUGGACCCAAGGAGGUGGACAUGUUUACAUCAGUGCGUUGCCUGGGUUACCUGUCCAGCGUCAACCUCCUUGUGGCGGUAUGCGUCGGGAUGUACGUACGCUGGGAGGUGACAAGUGAACCGAUGAUUUUGGUCAUCUUCAUCCUGGGCCUCUUUGUACUCGGGAUAGCCAGCAUCCUCCAUUACUACUUUGCUAUGGAGAAGGCCAGUCUCAGCUUGUUCCAUUUGUGGUUUGGCUUUUUGCUCGGCCUUCUGUGCUUCCUCAACAGCCCCGCCUUGGAUUCAAAUGUUAAGGAAGUGGUCACCAACUAUCUCCUCUUAGCCAGUAUAAUCAUGAAAACAGUAUGGGCUAUAACUGAGCGACUAUGCAGCUCCGUCCGUUACAAACCCACCUUGCUAACAUCAGCUGAGCUGCUGGAGCUCUUGGGAUUUGGCAUUGCCAGCACUGCCAUGCUUCUUCACAAGUCAGUAGCCAUAAUGGGCUUGGUAGUGGCCCUGGGGACUCUCAUUGUGGACCUGAGGAUGAAAUCCCUCCUGUCUUUGCCCAACCUGGUCAGUUUUUCCUUGGUUACCUCUCUUGUGUUUUUCCAGGCUCUAGGCAUCACAGCCAACCCUUACGCUUUAGGCUGCUACCUGGGCAGGCUGCUGUGUGAGCCUGUGUUGGAUGUGUACUUCAGUGGGCUGGGGUCCAGCGAACGCUGGAUACCAGUGCUGUCCCUGGGGAAGGUGUGGAGGAGGCUGUCCCUGCUGCCUCUGAGUCUGAUUGAGGUGGCUUUCUUUGUCCUGGCUGCCUUAAAGCUUGGCCACUUGGAGCUGUGGUAUCUGGUGAUCCCAGGCUUCUGCCUGUUUGGCCUUUUCUGGUCCAUCUGCCACAUAAUUCUGCUGAUCACAAUAUGGGGCUUCCACACCAAGUUGAGUGAGUGUCAGAAAGCUUGGCGGGCCCAGCGAUCCAGUAGCCGGAGUCUCGACCAAGUCAUGGCCUCCAGGGGCAUCCGACACUUCUGCCUCAUUUCAGAGCGCCUGGUGUUCUUCAGUAUGCUGUCAACAGUGAUACUGGGAGCUGUGUCCUGGCAGCCCUCCAAUGGUCUCUUUCUCAGUGCUCUUCUGGUGGUGCUGCCUUUGGAGUCCCUGGCCCAUGGCUUGUUCCACGAGCUAGGCAGCUGCCUGGGGGGAACCUGUGUUGGCUACGCCCUGGUCAUACCUACUGCUUAUUGCAGUGCUGAUGGCCAGCCCACUCUCCUGCCACCUGAGCAGAUACAACAACUGAACCUACGCUCGACUGGUAUGCUGAACAACGUGCAACGCCUCUUUUCCCACCACAUGAUCCAGACGUUUGGCUGUGACUACUCCACCAGUGGCGUCACACUCGAGGUCGUGCAGACGAAGCUGCGCAACUUUCUGGAGCUUCGUACGGCCGACGGGCCCCGUCAUGACACCUAUCUGAUUUUCUACAGCGGGCACACACACAAAGGCACCGGGGCUUGGGCUCUGGCUGGAGGUGAGAGCCUCCACCUGGCCCAGUUGCUGGAGUUGUGGAAGGAAAAGAACGCCGGCCACUCCUCCCGUCUCAUCCUCAUCCUGGAUACAGAGAACUCCCUCCCCUGGGUGAAGGAGGUGCGCAGGGUGGAGGGCAUCCACGUAGCAGUGCAGGGGGCUGAGCUGUCUGCCGCCGGGGUGGACCCAGAGGCUGGAGACAACCCAGGCCUCGGAGACUUCACUUCCGAAUGGGUGGAGUUCAACUGCAACCCAGAAAGCGACACCCAGUGGUCCGAAAAGGGAAGGUCUGUGACGGCGUCCUAUGGUGUGUCCAAACACUGGAGCGACUACACGCUUCACCUGCCCACUGGAAGAGAUGUGGCAAAGCACUGGAAGACCCACUUUCCCAAGGCUACAUAUCCCAUGGUGCACCUCUCCAACUGGUGCUGUGGCCUCAAUCUGUUUUGGUUAUGUAGCGUGUGUCUGCGCUGCUUCAGGAGGUGUAAACUUGCUUGGUUCCCACCAGCUGUACUGGACACUGGACAGGGCAUUAAACUGGUGCACUCUUAGAAAUGAGGGACAUUGGCUUGUACAUCUUUACUCGAUAGUUCUGUGUUUUAACAGCUGGGGUUCGAGGUGUUUAAUAAUGCCAGACUUUACCCCAUGAGGUAGAUGAUGCCUUCUGUCAGAAAGGUUGUUCAACUCUUCCCAAAUGUAUUUUUACUUAAUUGAUGGGAUGCAGAGACAUUGUGCUGAGGAUUUCAGAGCAAAAAACAUGUGUCCCCAAAAUGAGGGAGUGAAAAGCCAAGUAAAAUAACCUAUUUCAUCAUUUCUAUGGUGAUCUUUAAAAAGAAAGAAAGAAAGCGAGAUACAACAAUUACAGUGGGUAAAACCGUAUUAAGUAUGCUUUGGUUUCUUUAUGUAGGAUGAGGUUAAAAAAGGUGUUUGUUUUUUUGUGGUGGUGUGUUUUUAUUUUUGAAUACUGUUUUGCCAUUACUGCAUUAUUUCUUUGGAAAGGUUUUUCUUUUUUUGUUACAACAUGCCUUUUUUUUUUUACAGCAACAUAUAUGUGCCGUAAAGUGCCUUGAAUAUGGGUUUGGCAUCAUCUGUAAUAUGGAUGCCUAAUUUUCUAUAUGUAAAUGUAUGUGUAUAUAUACAUACCUCUUAUUUAUAUUCAAAUGAUUUAGCUCACACACUCUUCACUUAAACUGUGUGAGCACGAAGAGGCUCAGUGUCUUCCUAAAGCCUUUCAUCAGGAUAGACAAAAUGGCAACUGACAAAUGUCGUGGGGCUGAACUCGGCAACCCUCUGGUUACGGGACUGUCAAACCACGAUGUCAAACCUGCCAUUCUUGGUGUGGGAUCUUUUCUUCAUCACUUUCAAACCGUUUAGAAAUGCAUUUACUUCUGAACUGAAUAAACAAAGAAGCAUCGGCUGUGA